GAUUAAACCCUCACAAUAACAGACAAUGGCUAGCCUACUGGGUGCUGCCUCUAUCCCUUUCAUAGCAUGCAUCAGUCUGCUGGCAGCUAUGGUCUUACAGAUCCUUUCAUUUGCUGCACCUUAUUGGGCAUACUCUAAUACAGAAGAUAUUGGCCUUUGGAGGAGAACCAAUUGUGUUCAAAGAAAUGGGGUGUCUGGCUGCUAUAGGACUGACCAUCUGUGGUAUUAUUAUACAGAAUGGAUUGAUGCAGUGCGUGCAAUGGAAGCUUUGACCAUCAUUUUCUGGGCCAUCCCACUGAUUGUUUUGCCUGUUUAUAUCUAUGUGGCACUUGGUCUUUACUACAGAUGUACCAUUGGUACUAUGACAGUACUCACAAUUCUUGGAGCAAUUACAAAUUUAAUUGGUGUAAUCAUCUUUGGUGCUAAGAUUGGAGAAAAUUCUGCCUGGCGUGCCAGCUGGAGUCUCAUCUUGUGUGUCAUUGCUUGUGGCCUGGGUAUUGUCGCAUUUGUAUUCCUGCUGAUUGCUUGCUGCAAGAAGCCUCCGAAGUUUAUUGUAGCAAGUCAUUUUCACUCAGCAUUUUAUGUUGACCCAGACAGAAACAGAAUGUAUGUGGUAGAAGAUGUGGAGCAAGUAAAAAAUGGUACCAUAAUAGGAGGAAUAGGACAAAUCAAUCCAGUUUUAGAAGAUGAUUAAUUUUUUUGUGAUUGACAUUUUAUAAUUUGUUUUUGUAUAAUAAAAUUUUUUGAUAAAUACACUGUUUAAAAAUAAAAACACCACAUUUUUAAAUGUAAGAAAAUUUACUGCAAUUUUUGUAAGAAUGACUGAAAUGUUGUAAUAUAUUAAUAUCUUAUUUAAUUUUGUCUUCCAAAACUGAUGUUCUGUUAUUUUUGCAUUACUUCUCAGUUUUAAUAUGUUAUA